AUUAUGUCAAAUCGUGUAUAAUCAUUAGUAGUUAUAGGUUAUGUUUAAAGCGUGAUACUUUCAAUAUCGAUACUUUCGUUUCGAUAAUAUCAACAUAUCGAUACAUAUAAGAAGCCCUCAUGACACGAGGUCUGUUUUCUGUGUGGCUGUGGCUGAAUUUGGCUGAAUUUAUGUACACUUUUGGAACUUAAAGUGAAACAGGCAUAUGUUUUGUAAGGACACACUCAGUUAAUUGAUAAUCGAGCCAUUGUUUCUUACGGAAUCCUUUCCUGUAUGUAGUAAUCCGCUAUAGUUUGAUAUUUGUUGAAAGUGAGAAAGAGAGUUCUAGUGUAGUGACUGCACUGAAGUUCUACUGCAAGAAGAGAAAACAGACUAAUGGAUUCCAUAUAUUCGGUACUGUUCGGUUGUGUACGUUAAUGGCGUGAAGUAACAUGUAUAUGUGAAGUCUGCGUUGGAUAUUCCUGCGGUUUUUAUAGCACUAUUAUAAAUGACGUAAUUUUUAAUAAAACAAGAAAAAGAAAUUUGAACUAUUUUAACGUGAGAAUUAUUUAAAGGAUAAGAAUUAAGGUGCCACAAAUGUUGUACAGGACAAGAUACUGCCUUUCAAGCAAAUCCGUAAUUUGUCGGGUAAAGAUUCAAUUAGAGAACAUUUAUCACAUAACUAGAUCAGUCGCAAUGCAUCCUACAACUGACUCUGAAGUGCAUACUGAUGUAAAUACUACUAUGCAUGGAAUUAAGAGAUCCAUAGAUGAUGGUAGUGAAAAUGAAGCCAAAGUGCAAAAGACAAAAGAGGAAACAGUACAAGUAACAACAGUAGAAAUGACAGAAAUGGAAACGGUACAAAGAAUCAAGAGAAAAAAUCAUGCUGUAUUACUAGGCUAUGUUGGCAAAGACUAUUACGGUAUGCAAAGAAAUCCUGGUAUGAAAACUAUUGAAGAAGAUUUAAUUAUUGCCUUACUAAAGGCAAACUUGAUAACUCAGGAACAAUUUGAGAAUAUACGUGCAAUUAAUUUUCAAAGGGCUGCACGUACGGACAAAGGAGUAUCAGCAAUUAGACAAAUUGUUUCGUUGAAACUACCGGAGAAUAGUGAUAGGACAGUAAUAAAUCAGUUCUUACCUGAUGUAAUCAGAGUAUUUGGAAUAAAGCGUGUGACAAAGGGUUUCAACAGCAAAAAUCAAUGUGAUGCACGUACUUAUAGAUAUAUCAUUCCUUCCUAUGCAUUUGCAUUAGAAGAUCAAAGUUUGCUAAAACUUGGAGAAGAAGUUAACGAAGAUGAAAGAAUCAAACAGUUAUCAAUUAUUGAUGGAAAGCCAUACACUGAUUAUAAAUUAUCUCCAGAAUCAUUAGAUAGAUUAAAUUCGAUUUUGAAACUUUUUGAAGGUUCUCACAACUUUCAUAACUUCACGUCAAAAGUGAAACCAUUAGAUCCACGUGCGCGACGUUAUAUAAUUAGUUUCUGUUGUACGGAAACAUUUGUUUUAAAUGGUAUAGAAUUAGCGGUAUUGGAAAUUAAAGGACAAAGCUUCAUGUUGCAUCAAAUUCGAAAAAUGGUUGCAAUUGUAGUUGCGAUUGCGAGGAACAUGAUAUCUAAAGAGACAAUCGAUGAAGCGUUCAAGACAAUGGACAAGAUGGACUUACCACUUGCACCUAGUUUAGGAUUGUGUCUAUGUCAUGUGCAUUAUGAUAAUUAUAGUAAAAGAUAUGGCACAGACGGUCUCCAUGAAACGUUAGAUUGGAAGGAGUGUGAAGAAGAGGUAGAAAAGUUUCAGAAGACAUAUAUUUUGCAACACAUGAUUAACACCGAAAUUUCAGAACAAACAACCUUGAAAUGGCUGAUAGGCCUUCCUUUUUAUUCUUUUAGUAAUAAAGAUGUGCUACCUGUGGAGAAUGAAGAAAAACAAGAAGCCAUGCAUAAUGUUUCGGUGUAAAAUAUAUACUUCCAUCUCUGUAUCAAAUGCAC